AUGACCAGCAGUGAAGUCAACUCAACCGGGGCUGUGUACGUCAGCUACUUCGAUCCGUUUGACAUCUUUGAGUCCAUAAAACAGCCGUUUUUGGAGCUAUUCCCUCUACGAAACGUUCACUGGAAAGCGUUCAAUGGGAGUUUGAAGACGGUUGAUGAGAUUCCAGUGAAUCUCGUUACUGAAACUAAGACGUUUGAGAGAGAGAAUGAGGACAUAAGGCUGUUUAUCAGGCUUGUGGUGGUCAAUUGCAUCUCCGCAGAUGAUUACAGGGCUAAAGUUCGUCCUCUAAUUAAGCAAUGGCUUACGCCUAAUGAAAACGGUGAUUGUAAAAAGGAUAUGGCACGGUCGCCAUUGCCAGUUAUAUUGCUCUACGCAAACUCGGAAGUUAUGGACUUCAAGCUUUUUAAAUCGACGUCGCUGAUCGACAAAGUGGCUAAAGAUUUCCCUGACGUCAAGGCACUGGAGCUCAAAUCUGUGUAUAAAUCACCUAAGGAGAAGGAGGAAUUCUGGGGCCAGAUGAGCCAACACAUAAAGUCGUGCGUGUUGGAUGUCUUUCAAAGUCGAUUAAUGUACAACCAAGAUGAAUUGGAGAAGGUAACAGACACGGAAUACGUGUCACAGGAGAUGCUCUUCAGAGAGAAUAUUUUGGAAUUAUACCUGGCUCUUAACAUGCUUGAAGAAGCUAAAACGGAACUGGAACAGAUAAAGCAUUGCCUAUGGAACAAAUCAAUGAAGGAACUACCGAAUGGGGAAUUAGAACACUCAUUCCUGCUUUCGCAAGAGAAUAAUGAACAAUUCCGAAUAGGUGAGGCACUUGCCGCUAAGCAGCUUACGAAGUAUGAAGCAGAGAAGUAUUUUUUUGUUAAGGAGUUUCAAAUAUUCAUGAGAGACAGUCCAAACUCAAUGAAUUAUGGCGGAUUGUAUAAACUUAUUCGUCAAUUUUUACGCUCUGCCAGCUUACUUUUCAUCCAAGAAAAAGGUUUUCUAGAGUUCAAGAUCUCGUUUCUUGAUUGUUGCCUUCUCCAUCUGCGUCACAGACCUCAAUCACCAUUAAAAGAAGUGACAGCUGAACUUCUUCUAAUAAGACGAGACUGCUGGCUCCAAGGUGUACUUGGUUGCACCAACUUUUCAUUAAUAGGCAAAAUAUUUCCAUCAACAGACACCCAUUACUCUUUCGACAGGUACCAAUAUACUUAUGAUACAGAACAAGUGUUUCACGAAACGUACGCAAAAUAUACAAAGGAAAUUAUCUCACUGCUUAGCCAAUGCGAGGAAAUGCGGCAGCGAGCCGUAGAUAUCCUAUCCAUUGAAAUAGGGUUUCUGCAUUAUCAGAGAAAGGAAUACGACAAGGCUGUAGCGCUUUUUCUUUCUUGCUAUGAAUAUUAUAUGCAAAGCAGGUGGGAUUUGAUAGGAAUCGAAAUCCUGAAGGUAUUCAUCGACUCUUUGGUUCAAUGUUCCAACCUUAGGGAGCUCGAAAUCGAUGACGAAUUGGUGCCAGCAUCUGUGGUACUCAGUAAUGCAUAUUUGAAUAUCGUGAGAAUAUCUAAGGAUAUCGCGGAAAAAGGCGAAUGGUGGAGAAAAUUCACAAAACUACAGCAAGCUAAUCCGACAGACCUUGUUUAUGCUACGAAGGAUCUAUUCCAAAUCUCUUUGGAAGAUCACGUUCGGUUGGCAGGACCCAACAUCCUCGAAAUAGACGUCAUAAUUAAGAGCAAUGGAAUUCCAGAAGAUAUAAAGGUAGACUCGAUUGUACUCGUGCUGAAAAGUUCGGACGACACAUUCAUGAAGUUUCAACGAGAAGACAUGAUUUUAUCAAGAGGCACAACAAAAUGUUUGCUUCAGACUACAGAAAUUGCUUAUGGAAAUUUUAAAGCCGUUUCCUUGGAGAUAAGCGUCGAUAGUACAACUUUCGUUAAGGAAUUCCUUGAUAAUGACGCUUCUGAGCUUUUAAUUGAGCCAAUAUAUGAUCCAAGAAGCAUCAUACUGACGGUGGAGCACGCUCCGCAGCUAAAUCUAGGCGAAUACGCUCUUCGAAUUUCAUGCUGCAACUCUGAUCGACUGCGUUCUUCAGAUGCCGUUAUUACUGUACAGCAAGAAAGUUUAAAUUCCAUUUAUCCCGUGAGUUUUACCGAAGACGGCCUAGAUAACAGCAAGCAUAUCACUGAAGUGAAUGAAACAUGCAUUGUGCCUUACUACUUGAAAGAACCAGUGGCUUCAUUCUCGGUCACAGCAAACUUCUCCUUCACGAAAAUUGAUUGUGAGACAAAAUUCAGUGAAAUUAGGUGUUUUCAUAUCAAUUGUUGUCUUCCAGUAUCCGUUUCUGUCGAAGACAUUUUCAAAAGAGAUCUGUUUAUAUUCAAAUUUUUGCUGAACUCCUCUACAAUCGAGAAUCCCGUUGUGUUGCACAGCACUAGAAUGCUUCCGCCAUCUAAUUCCAAACAAUAUGAAAUACAAGGCCACUUUCAACCUGAAACGUCUUUGUGCCUCUCUGCCAAUAUUAAUGAAAACUGUCUUAACUGCUAUCAAAUUACUACAAAUCAGUCUUUCAUGCCCACAGACUGCUUUCAUCUGCAAAUAAGCUACAACACGUUAAAAGAGCAACUCGACAAUCUGGUUACCGAUGCUGUUCUGGUGCAAGGUGACGUUAACUGGUAUCAUAGAUUUGAGCCAUGGAAACUAGUAUGGCAAUCUGGGGUUUUACCACUUUUGCAUUAUGAUUACGACGCUUUUAAAGAAAGUAUAGUCAUUGUUUUGAUUCAAGAUAGUUUGGAUCUUCAGCGGCUCAGCAAAUUCUUCAAGAAAUUAUCCAUUGAAGAAGUGGUUAGCCAAAAAAUGACUGAAUGCUUGCUUCGAGUCAUCGAGGGUGUUCAGUUAUCAGACAUUGAUGUCAAUGCAUAUACAGAGAACCUGGCUCCAAGAAGACUGAUGGUUCCUGUGGACCUACCGAAGUUCGAACAGUUUUUUUACGUAAGACUGAAUACUGAAGAAAACCAUGGGCUUAAGGUAGGAGUGGCCAUCGCGUUUUCUAUUAAAAUUGAAAGUCUGAACGCUAAAUGGGGGCAUGAAGGCCUUGCUGGCAAGUUUUUAUUUGAGAUCAUCAGUAGCAAUGAAUGGCUCGUUCAUGGUAAGAAGAGGAUGCUCAUCACCUGCGAAAUAACAGAGAUCGCACUUCAUCUAAUCCCACUGAAGAGAGGUUACCUAAAUUUUCCAAGAAUUGAGAUAAUUAACAUAGAAACUGAAGAGCCUAGUAGGAUAGAUAAUGCCAAUUGUUUUGAUACAGUCUUGGUUUUCUAA